AUGUCGACUCUCUCCGACUUUGUCGACUUCUCUCAGGGCACGCUAAAAUAUGCUGCGCUGUCCAUUGCAUUCAACCCCAUAUUUUGGAAUAUCGUUGCCCGUGCCGAGUAUCGAAGCCACUACUUGACUCGUAUCUUUGGUAGCCCAUACUAUGGCUGCUACUUCCUCGCCGCCACCAUCUUCUCCCUAGGAAUCCUACGCGACCACGUCUACCAAUUGGCCCUGGAAGACCAGCCAUACUAUGCCCCAGCGCAUCAACCCAUCCUCGGCGGCACUCUUUUUGCUGUGGGCUCUGUCCUCGUUCUGUCAAGCAUGUAUGCACUUGGCGUCACUGGUACCUAUCUCGGAGAUUACUUUGGUAUCCUAAUGGAUGCACCCGUGACGGGCUUCCCUUUCAACGUUACCGGCUCUCCAAUGUACUGGGGAAGUACUCUGAACUUUCUGGGCGUUGCGCUCUACAAUGGCAAGGUUGCGGGUAUUUUGCUUACGGCCUUUGUCUUUGUUUUGUAUUGGUUUGCCUUGAAGUGGGAGGACCCUUUCACCGCGGAAAUCUACGCUAAGCGCGAGCGCGAGCGCGCAAGGUCGAAGCGAGGCGGCAAGAGCCAGUAA